AUGGGUCAAGCACAGAGCGGCACGGAAAAGGAAGUGACUCUCCAACACAUCCAGGGACUCUACCGUAAGUUUGCGACUGAAUGUCCGAGUGGAAACCUGCACUUACAUGAAUGCAGGAGAAUCUUUGGAAUCAACCGCAACUCCACAGAAGAAGAAUCUGCGUACAUGGAAACUUUGUUUCGGUCCUUUGACAUAAAUCAGGACGGUAAACUGGACUUCAUGGAGUACGUGGCAGCGGUGCAUCUUGUCCUUCGUGGGAAACUGGAGGACAAACUGAGGUGGUCUUUUAAAGUUUACGACAGAGACGGAAACGGUUGUCUGGACAGACAGGAAGUGAGACACAUUGUCAAAAUCAUCUCCACGAUAAAGAAGCACAAAGAUCCGAGCAUCUCGGGGGAUAUUGACGACAUUUGUGACAGAUUAUUUGAUGUGGUGGACAAGAACAACGACAGUCAGAUUUCUUUGGAGGAAUUCAUCGAGGGGGCUGAGAGGGACCCGUGGGUGAUGGAUCAGCUCAAACUGGACAUCGGGCCCUGUGAUUGGUUCAUUGAACAGCAGGAGAAGAAUCCCUGA